GGGAGGCGAUGUCUGACGCUCCCGGCCAGAACAGGAGGCUGCCCUCCGAGAUGGACAACGGGCAGCGGGGGCUGGACCCAGAGCAGAUGCAGCAACAGCAGCUCAAGCUACGCGAAAGGCAGAGAUUCUUUGAGGAGGUUUUCCAGCAUGAUGUCGAUUUCUUCUUCCCUGUAUCUCAUCUGCAGAUCGAACACAGGAGACCUCCCCUCGGCAGCAUUUCCUCCAUGGAGGUGAACGUGGACAUGCUGGAGCAGAUGGACAUGAUGGACCUCUCUGACCAAGACACUGUGGAUGUGUUUCUCAGCUGCGGGACGGAGGACAACAACAACAUUACCACUCUUGUUCCAGAUUCCAACGACUACCAAGAAGAAAUCUCUCUGCAAGUGCCCAACGCAGCCGAGAUCAAAUCCCGGAUCUCGUCCACCUCUUCUGCCUCCACAGACCUGAACAGCCUGGACACCAGCGACGAAGGGCCUGAGACGCCCGUGGUGCAGUCUGAUGAAGAAGAGCUCCAGCAAGACAGCCCCAAAGAGGAGGAGGAGGCCAGAAGUUAG